AGAAAUGAAAACAUCUUUUGUCUCCCCCGUGUCCAGCGCUUCAGUCAACCCACUGUCUACCAGUUACGGGCCUCAGGCAACCGUAAAAAAAAAAUCCAACCUUUUUUCAGAGAUGAAUUUAUUACUCGAAGCACCUUCUCGUUUCCGCGAAGCUUCCCUUUCAAAAUCUCCGUCUUAAGUUUCUCAAAGAUCCAUCAAAGACUAUAAUAAUACUCAAACUCAAAUCUCUUUUCCUCCUCCAGUUUUUAUUUAUUUAUUUAUUUUUUUGCUACUAAAGUAAAGAAGUUUUGCUGGCGUUGAUUUUGGCGCUAUCUCUCUAAUUGGAUCUCGGUCCGCUUCUCUUGUUGAUCUGAUCCGUUAUAGGCCUUCUCAGUUCAUCUCUUGGUGAAUCGAUUGACGUUAGGGUUGUUCAUUGAGAUCUUGCAUUUGGAUUUGGUGAGAGUUGCAGAUCGAGGGAACUGGGGAAGGAAGGGUUAAGGAGUUGGAUAUGUCCCUCUCACUCGCGGGCUGGAUUUACAAUAGUCUGGUCCUGGUCGAACUCCGUCCCGACAUCGCCCUUUGGCUUUGCACUAGACUAGUGCCGAGCGAAAUGCAAUGCAGAUGGGGUCUGUAGGAGACAAUGAAGACCCAGAGGUUGAGAUGCAAGCACUUGCUAAUUCUUUACCAGCCACAGGAAAGACAUAUCCUUCAGAGAUUCUUCGUAUAGGAACAUUUUCGGAUUUAACUGAGUCAUUCUCUCUUAGGAGAAUACUUCGGAGAUUAUUGCAAAGCAUUCAUAUUGUGAUGGUGUCAACUAAGAUUAACUUGUUGCUCCCUUUUGGACCCAUUUCAAUCAUGCUCUAUUAUCUUACUAACAAGCAUGGACUGGUCUUCUUCUUCAGUUUGAUAGGCAUAGCACCUCUAGCUGAGCGUUUGGGUUAUGCAACUGAACAACUUGCAUUCUACACUGGCCCUACGGUUGGGGGACUUUUAAAUGCUACUUUCGGAAAUGCCACUGAAAUGAUAAUUGCAAUUUAUGCGUUGAAAAAUGGGAUGAUUCGUGUUGUCCAGCAGUCAUUACUUGGUUCUAUAUUAUCGAACAUGCUAUUAGUUCUGGGUUGCUCAUUCUUCUCUGGUGGGAUUGUACAUUGCAAGAAAGACCAAGUUUUCACCAAGGCAACUGCUGUUGUGAACUCAGGAUUACUGCUGAUGGCUGUAAUGGGGCUCAUGUUUCCAGCUGUGCUUCAUUUUACACACUCGGAGGUGCAGUAUGGAAAGUCGGAGGUUGCUCUUUCAAGGUUUAGCAGCUGCAUCAUGCUCGUGGCUUAUGCCAGCUAUCUUGUUUUCCAACUGAAGAGUCACCGCAAUCUUUAUAAUCCCGUUGACAAUGAAGAUGGCCCCAACGAGAAUGACUCUGAUGAAGAGGAAGUCCCGGAGGUGACCCUGUGGGAAGCAAUAGCUUGGCUUGCUGUUUUGACUAUAUGGAUAUCUGUUCUCUCCGAAUACCUUGUUAAUGCUAUAGAGGGAGCUUCUGAUUCGUUGAACCUGCCCGUGGCUUUUAUAAGUGUCAUUUUACUACCUAUUGUUGGAAAUGCUGCCGAACACGCAAGUGCGAUAAUGUUUGCUAUGAAAAAUAAGCUUGACAUCACAUUAGGGGUUGCAAUUGGUUCAUCUACGCAAAUAGCAAUGUUUGUGAUUCCCUUCUGUGUGGUGGUUGGUUGGAUCAUGGGGAAGCCAAUGGAUUUGAAUUUCCAAUUAUUUGAGACAGCCACUCUCUUCAUUACGGUGUUGGUAGUUGCAUUUAUGUUGCAGGAGGGUACAGCAAAUUAUCUGAAGGGGCUAAUGCUGAUUCUAUGCUAUCUCAUAGUUGCAGCCAGUUUCUUCGUGCAUGUGGAUCCUACAACUGGUGACAGUUGAAGCCAAGUUGCAUCCUCAUGAUUAGCAGUAAAUCCAACACAUCUUCCUCUGUACAAAUUUGUUGGUUACGUGGGCUGAGCAGUUAAAAUUUGCUGGGGCAUAACAAAAAGGCUAUCAGCAACCAAACUGUUUUAUCAUGGAAGAAGACUGCUGGUGUGAUUUAAAAGCUAAGCAGGAGUUAAUCUUGUUCUCUGUGGAAUGAGCUUCACGUCAUUAGAUCUGUUGCAACUGUUGGUGUGAUGUACUUCCCAAUUUUUUUGCAUAGAAGUAAAUGUAUAUUAGAAUAUCAUAACUGUCCUUGUAUAAUGUGAGUAUAGCGCUUACCCCCAUAAGGUUUUCGUAUAAGAAUUGAGUGGAGAGUUCGUGCAAA